AAAGCAAAACACUGCAGGACCGAGGCAGCACUGAGUUGGGGAAGGAAUUCUGGAGGCUGUGCCUCCGGGUUGCCUGAGGAGUCCAAGUCAUUUCUCAGAAACCUCUGAUAGGUGGGCCUUAGAGCAAACGCCGCCGACUUCCUGGCAAUAGCAGAUGGUGGAGUUAGCUGGAGAAAUCAGAGGAAGCAUUCUUGACCCACACUGCCUGCUGGAAGUUGUAGUUUCCAGCUCACUGGGAGGAGACUGAAGAGUGUAACCCUUUAGUGAGCCAAAACCCAGGAAAGGAAAAGCGCUUGGCAUCUAACUGGCACUCACCAGGUAGAAGCUGAAUCGUCAGGUGGUGGGAAAAGAGCACCAUAAGAAUCAGGAAAAGCAUUCCUGGCUGGCUGCUUGGGAGAGACAUAGAAACUGGCACUUUUCUCAGUAAAGGUGAAGAAAAAGCUGUAAAUCAGCCAGAAGAGACUCGAAGUACUUUUUUUCAGCAUCCGUCAGCGAUGGCCAGAGGAAGGAGGUGAACACCACAAGGGAAGAUGGCUUCCAGCUUCACCCCGCUUAGCAGCAGCUCCUGCUUCUGAGCCAGGCCCGCCAUGGACGGGGCCCACAGCGCAGCCCUGCAGCUACAGCAGCUCCCGCCCACGAGCAGCGCCGAGUCCGUGAGCGAGGCUUCCUUCUCCUACAAGGAAAACUUGAUCGGCGCUCUCUUGGCCAUAUUCGGGCACCUUGUAGUCAGCAUUGCACUUAACCUCCAGAAGUACUGCCACAUCCGCCUGGCAGGCUCCAAGGACCCCCGAGCCUAUUUCAAGACCAAGACAUGGUGGCUGGGCCUAUUCCUGAUGCUGCUGGGUGAGCUCGGCGUGUUUGCCUCCUACGCCUUCGCCCCGCUUUCGCUGAUCGUGCCCCUCAGCGCAGUCUCCGUGAUAGCGAGCGCCAUCAUAGGAAUCAUAUUCAUCAAAGAAAAAUGGAAACCUAAAGACUUUCUGAGGCGCUACGUCUUGUCCUUUGUCGGCUGCGGUUUGGCCAUCGUGGGCACCUACUUGCUGGUGACAUUUGCUCCCAACAGCCACGAGAAGAUGACAGGCGAGAACAUCACCAGGCACCUUGUGAGCUGGCAUUUUCUCUUGUACAUGCUCGUGGAGAUCAUUCUGUUCUGCUUGCUGCUGUACUUCUACAAGGAGAAGAACGCCAACAACAUCAUCGUGAUCCUUCUCUUGGUGGCUUUACUCGGCUCCAUGACAGUGGUGACAGUGAAGGCGGUGGCAGGGAUGCUCGUCUUGUCCAUCCAGGGGAACCUGCAGCUGGACUACCCCAUCUUCUACGUGAUGUUCGUGUGCAUGGUGGCAACCGCCAUCUAUCAAGCCGCCUUUUUAAGUCAAGCCUCACAGAUGUACGACUCGUCUUUGAUUGCCAGUGUGGGCUACAUUCUAUCCACAACUGUUGCCAUCACAGCAGGCGCAAUAUUUUACCUGGAUUUCCUAGGGGAGGACGCACUGCACAUCUGCAUGUUUGCACUGGGGUGCCUCAUCGCAUUCUUAGGCGUCUUCUUAAUCACACGUAACAGGAAGAAAGCCAUUCCAUUUGAGCCCUAUAUUUCCAUGGAUGCCAUGCCAGGUAUGCAGAACAUGCAUGACAAAGGGAUGGCAGUCCAGCCUGACCUCAAAGCUUCUUUUUCCUAUGGGGCCCUGGAAAACAACGACAACAUUUCUGAGAUCUACGCUCCUGCCACGUUGCCCGUCAUGCAAGAAGAACACAGCUCCAGAAGUGCCUCUGGGGUUCCCUACCGUGUCCUGGAACACACCAAGAAGGAAUGAGCCCACCUUGAAGGCCACACUCACCUUCCCUCCAAAUAUAACUGCUCAAGCCGUGCUGACAGUGGUUCAACCCUUAAUUCUAAAACUUACCUUUCAA